UUGUCUGUUCCACUCAUAACUCAAAACCUAAGACUAAACCGGAGAAUUUGCUGCGGAACCAAACGAAAAUCUUCCGAGCCAGUUUCAAUCCACUAUGGGCACAAGAGAGGUCUACGAACAGAAGCUAAGAAGGGGCAAUCUCUACCAUGAACCCACCAUGAAUCCAGGCCUCGGAUCCCCUCGUUGCCCUCGCUGUUUCUCUCUUCUUCAACCCGAUCCUGAUACAAGUGAAUGGGCCAUAAAUCCUGUUCUCCAUAGUACCACCGCAGUGGCAGGAUCAGGUCUUGGUGGGUUGCUUAGUGCAGUUCAUGCUUUCAAUACGGGGAUCCCACACCUUCAAAAUCAUGUCAAGGGACCAAAGUGGCUUCCCUUUGUAAUUGGGGUGCCUGUCCUGUUAUUGUGUUCUGGUGCCGGUGCUGCAUUUGGAGGUUUUGCUCUUCCAAGAUUUACUCAACUCACUGUAACAUCCUACUAUGCCACCUCCAGUGCUUCCCAUUAUGGAGUUUCGCUUCUCACUCGAAGAAUUGAAGACAAUCACACGGCUCGAACUCGGGUUCAAUGAUUUUCACAGGUCACAUAAUUUCAAGUAAGCAAUCUCCUUUCCUUUUCCCUUUUUUCUGCUGGAAAUUUUGCAAAAUCAUGUUUUUCUGUAGAUUUAGAACGUCUGAUUUGUGCUUGCUUUUGGUAAGACACCUUAUCAUAUAUGUAAAUUGCAGAGAGUAUCCGUUUAGAUACAUAAUGUGCAAAUAAUCAUAACGUUAUUGAUUACAGUUGUGCGACUUCCAGCCAUCAAGGCUGUUGAGAAUUUUGUAUAAUGUUAUUGACGAUCA